AUGCUCGUCUCGGAUACGAUCAAGAGCUGCCACGGGGAUGCGAUGAACCGGCUUGAGACCCUCGUGCGUGAGUGGAUGCAGCAGGACGUUCGACCAUCUCAGGAGCGCGCGCAACAGCAUGGCGGGUCUCCUGCUGCUCGGAAUGUCCGCAACGAAGGCCCCCCACCGGCAGCCACCGGAGACGCACGCGCAUAUGGGCGGGAUGACCCUGCCGCCAAGCACCCUCCUCCUCUUGAAAAACUUCCGGAUUGGCUCACUGUUCCACUUCUUCAUCAUGCCAUGCGGUCAGCCCCUCGCGCCACAGCUGCUGGCCCUUCUGGUUGGCUCAUUGAGCACCUUCGCGAUACCUUCCUCUCGUACCAGUCUCACAUGCCGCAUCUCCUCCGCCUGUUCCAGAAUUGGCUACAAGGCGACCUCCCGCAAACAGUCCGACCUUAUUUCACAGCAUCUACUCUUGUCGCCCUUCACAAGCCGCAAGGAGGCGUCCGCCCCAUUGCCAUCGGCGAGAUACUGCCGCACUUGCUAUCCCGUUGCGCCACUCUUCACUUCAAGCAGCAGAUCACGGAUUUCUUCCUUCCCUACCUACAGUUUGGGGUUGCUGUCUCUGUAGGGAUCAAGGUUAUGGCCUAUGCAGUCCAGUCAGCCCUCUCCCUCCACCCAGACUGGGUUGUGCUUGAACUGGAUGUGGCCAACGCUUUCAACUCCUUCAGUCGUUCCUCUUUGUUCAACGCCUUGCGAGACUCCCAUUCUUCCGCCUCUUCUAUGCCUUCCCCUCUUCACUUCAUUACCGCAGCGGCCCAUUAA